AUGCGUCGCGGAGAUAAUAAUCAGGCGCUUGAUUAUUUCAACAAAGCAUUGGCAAUAAGAUUAAAGAUAUUAGGAAAAACGCACGCGGAUACAGCCAUGUCUUACAAUUGUUUGGGCUGUAUUCAAACUAAAACGGCAGAUUAUGAUGAAGCCUAUAAAAAUUUAAUGUUACCAUUAAACAUUCGUAAGGAAACAAUGCCUGAGAAACAUCCAUACGUAGCCAUGUCUUAUUAUUCGUUAGGUUUAUAUUACAACAAAAAAGCGCAACCAAGAGAAGCUUUAGAGAAUUUUCAGCGUGCUGUUGAAAUUUAUAAGUUUUCGGUACCACCCACACAUCAAAUUCUCAAAAGUGCACAGGAAGCGGCUGACAGACUUGCAAACAAGACGUAA